GCUAUCAAAUCCUGUUCUCUUACAGAUAACAAGAUGUCUAGGAUCCACCCUGGUAAAGAUAAGUAUUCCACAGAGGAACAGAGAGCAACAGGCCCUCCUACUGUGUCAACAGUUUGGAAGAAGUCGAGCAUGGGAUUCCAAGGAACAGAUGGGUUUACUGUGUUUGACAGCAAUGGAAAUAUCGCAUUCAGAGUCGACAACUACACAAGGAAUAGUCGAUGCCUGACAAAUGGGCCGGUGCACAAGGAUGGCACUGGGGCUGCCUUAUUCACGUUGUGUCCAAAGAUUUUUAGCAUUCAUGAGCAGUGGGAAGGAUUCAGAGGUGAGGCCUGCCGGAAAAGGAGGCAGAGGAGACCAUUUUUCUCAAUAAGGAGAUGCUCUGUGUUCCAACGAGAAGACAAGCGGAUGUUUGCAUGGGUUCUCCAGAGGUGAAAUUUCAUAUUGAAGGGUGUUUUUGGAAGAGAAGCUGCCCUUUAAAAACAGUCACUGGUGAAUUGGUAGCUGCGAUAAACAGGAAUAGAGCAAGCUCUGAUGUGUUCUUAAUGGAUCAUGUAUUUUCCAUGGCGAUCAAGCCUGGUCAUGACCAUGCUUUCAUCAUGGCAUUCGUGGUGGUCUUGG